AUGGGUUCACACGACUAUGACACACAACGAACAAAUCUGGCAGGAGUCGGGCAUAAGAGUAAUCACGCUGCCACAGAAGUAGCAGAGACAGAAGAAGUAAAGCAUCUGAAAUCUCAGUAUAAAAAAGAAUUAUCAACACUGCUAGAAUUAUUUCCUAAUUGGACAGAGGCAGAUUUGCUCUUUGCCUUGCAAGAAUCUAAGGGAGAACUCGAAGCUACAAUUACUCGAAUCACUGAAGGCCACGCUUCUCAAUGGGGUGAGGUUAAAUCUCGCAAGUCUAAGAAGGAACACAGUGGUAAAAAUAAGCAAGGUGGGCAACAAUUUAGUAACGUUCAAGCUCAACGUGGACACCAAAGAGGUGGUUAUAGUGAACGUGGCCGGGCCCGCGGUGAGGGUGGACGAGGUGGAAGAAGUAAUGAUCGUACUCGAGGGUCAAGAAGGGAAAAUGGUUAUAUGCGGCCUCCGCGUCAACAAAAUGGAACUAAUACUUCCAAUUAUGAUGAUACAAACAAUGUCAUGCACGGUAAGGCACGGGGUACUGAAAAUACCAAUAGCUCUAGGAACAACAAUAAUGAUAGUAUCGGAGGAAAUUGGCCUAAUGAAGGUACUAGUACUAGGGCGGCCGAAAAUGUUAUUGGAGACUGGUCUACCGAUAUUACAGCUCAAGGUGGUUCAUGGUCUGCCGAAAAUCCGGCAGAAAAUGCCAAAGGCAAUUGGACCAACGAAAAUACUGAUAAAGCUCAGAGUUGGAACAAAGAAAACCCUACGGACAGUUCCCAAAUUGGACGGAAUGUUGAUAAUACCCAACAGAGCGUAAAAGGUAGUUGGACGACCGAUAAUUCGACGGAAAAUAUUAAAGAUAGUCGGAUAGCCGAUAUUUCUACAGAUAAUAUUACGGCAAGUCGAGAUAUAGACAAACCCACUGAUAACUUAAAGCACAAUCGAGAUGCCAACAUUACAAAGAAUAACUGGGACAUUGAUCACUCUAAAGAUAAUUGGUGUGCUGAAAAUGACGGUUUGUCUGCAGAUACUCUAAAAGAUAAUCGUAUUUCUGAUUCAACUAAAAAUGCUAAAAAUUUGAAGGAAGUAUCAAGAUCUCCUAACGCUGUAAUGAGAUCUGUUGCUCCUACAAAGUCACCGGUAUCACAUAAUUUACGGACAAUUCCUCCUCAGUCCAAGACAUCUUGGGCUCAAAUUGUGAAGCCUGAAUCAAAGCCUGAGCCGAAACCCGAACCAACAUCCGCGCCUAAGAGUUCCGAAAUAGUAAAGCCAAUAUCCCCAAAUCCUGUACAAUCUCCUCUUGUACCAAAAGUGACAGAAUCAGUCAUUGUUCCUCCUCAAGAAACAUUAACCACGACAUCCGUGGUAACAACAAAGACUGAAGAAAACAUUAAAGAAGCUAUUUCGCCCGAAGUGCCAAGUGUUAGUAGUGCAGCAACUACAACUAUAGUAAAUUCUUCAGCAAGUGCAAAAGAAGUUUCUCCACCGGGUCUUCACAAAACUAAAGCAAGUACAAAUGCACGUAGAUUGAAACAGGAUACUGCUGUGGUAAUGCCCAAUACAGGUGCUGGUUUGGAAAAAGUAGAAGUACAAUUUGGUAGUUUAAACAUAUCGAAUAAUGUUGUGGAAGAGUCUUCAGAAACAGAAACACAAAUUCUACUACAAGUACAAAAGACUGAAGAUAGUCAACCUUCAUCAACUAUUUCACAAUCAAAUUCUAUAAACCGACUUCCUACGACUUCUGCUCAGGCUUUACCGUCAUCAGUAGGUAGUGCUCCAACAGGAACGCCCGCGAUCGCCCCAAAUACCACUCCACAAAAUUUCAAUCCAUCUUACUUCAAACAACAAGAACAAUCUUCUGCUUAUAUAAAUCAACAGCACCAUUUAGGGUUAGCGACAGAUCCACUUAAUGCUCCAUAUACGUCUUAUCUUCCAAAUCAACAUCAACCACCUAAUCAGAUAUCUGGAUUUGGUAUUGGACCGAUACAGUCUUUGCCAGCAGAAUAUAAUGCAAUGUAUAGUCCUGAUGCUCAGCGUAUGAUGGGAUAUUAUGCGGCUGAUCCGACAUACGGUCAGGCUUCUCCGGUAACAUCAACUGGAUAUCAAGGACAAAACCUUCAACAGCAGCAAGGUUAUCCCCUUGGAGUUCAAUAUUAUCCAUAUUAUUAUAUGACAAAUCAGUUUCCUUCAGCUGCUUACCAGCAAUCAGGUUAUGGUCAACCAUUUGUAAAUAAAUCGAUGUACCCUAUGUAUAAUCAUCCCCAUUCUACCAAACCUGGAUCCGCUUCUGGAGCAUCCCCGUAUGGUUAUCCUACUACGCCCACAACACCUAAUACUCCACACCAUUAUUCCCAUACUUCUAAUACGGGUUAUGAAGAAGUUACUGGUGCGCAGUUACAUCAUCACCCGGGUGUACCUAGCGUUCUUGAUUAUCAAAAACCUUACGGUAGCAUGCCGCCUAUAAAUUUUUUAGGUAAUGCUGGAGGUAACAACCCUCAACCUGCCGGUGCCACCAAUUCAAGCGCUACGGGUGGAAAAUCUAGCAAUAAUGCAAGUUCUGAAUUAAAUCCACCUACUCAAUAUAAGUCGUAUCAAGAAAAGACCUCUGCUAAUGCACAACCUACAGGUGGAGUUGGACAAUCUGGGACACAACAUCAACAACCGCCAACUAAUCCAAAUUACUACGGACAACAAACUCAGGUGUUUAAUAACUAUCAACAUCCGCAGAAUCAUCACCAAUAUUAUCAACAUCAGGCACAUCAUCAAGCCACUAAUCGUAAUCAACAACAAUAUUGGACCAGUCAGAGCUAA